UCUCGAGCCUCAUCCCUCGGCUGAUCCAACUCGCCAACGCCGCGAGCAUGCCAGCUUCAUCCUCCCGCUUAGCACCGCGAUACAUAUUCUUAGAUGGACGCAUUUUCAGACGACGGCCCUAUAUUUAGACAUGUUUUCCUUGUUCGUGCCAAAGACUCGUCGCUCGCAAAGAUCGCCCUCGCGGUCUCCUUCGCGACCGCGUCAGUCUGAUCCACCCCGCGACAAGCCCAAAGCUGCGCCAGUUGAGCUAUUCCAGAGCCUCGAUUUCUGGGUCAUUAAGGACCAGAGUAAAGUCGCAAAGAGGAUUGUUCCGUAUAUGACUGCGAAAAUCCAAGAGGAUCAACAGUUACAGUCUUUCAUAAAGGCCAAGCCAUGGAUGGAAGAGCUCAUCUCUUCUGAGGAUGACGAUGACGAAGAUGAAGACAAUGACGAUGCCGAGGACUUAUCUGACACUGAAGCUGCAUUUUGGAAAGAUCCAGAGGCUACUAUGAAGAAUCUGCGCGAUGUGACACGCUCAUGGUUCCACAUGCUGCUCCGGUACACGUUCCGCGCCAAGCUCCGAGACGGUUGGAAGACACCUUCACUCCCAUUCGACCUGAAAGAGUUUGAUGACGAGGCAUUCACAUCGCAGCUGGAAGAAAAGCAAGUGCGUAGCCUCAUCAGGCGACCGAACCUGUUCAGUGAGUACAAAGAAACUUACAAAGAGACGAAAGGGCGCAUUGGCUGGACACGGUUCUGCGCGCGCAUCAAAUUAUUCGCUGAGCUUGUAGGCUUAGAAACCGAAUCCAUCAAAGUUGAGCAGAUCCUACAAGAGCUUGAGAAAAGCUUGCCAGACCUGAAGAACGCAAGGAAACUUCAAGCGCAAAGCCUUCUCAUUGAACGCUUGAAAGCCGAUGCUCAAUCGGAAAGAGCGCUCCGCGAAAAGAUUGCAGCCGACGCGGCGUCAGUUACCACACUCCGGGAACGAUUUGAGAGCAAGAAGGCUGAAUCAGAGCGCCAACUGCGCGAACAACUGGAAGCCAAGAAAGCCGAAUCCGAGCGUCUGCUGCGCAAACAACUUGAAGCCAAGGGUGCAGAGGCAGAGCGGAAACUGCGCAAGCAACUUGAAGCCAAGACGGCCGAAGCAGAGAAGAAGCUUCGCGAACAGCUGGAAGCCAAGAAUGCAGAGUCGGAACGGGCACUCCGUGAACGCCUUGCAGCCAACGCCGAAUCAGAACGCAAACUGCGCGAGAAUCUACAGGCCAAAUCUGAUGCAGAACGAAAGCACCGCAUCCACGAUUGCCUUGUCUCAUGCCGCGAGCUGAUGGAGAAACUGGUCGGUGGCGAACUGCCUGCCGCAAAGCAACAAGGACCCUUCAAAGGCCAACAGUACAAACAGCGAUGGAAAGACAUGUUUCACACGCAGUGGAAUAAUUGCAAAGCAAGUCGAAAACCUGGGCAUCCGCUCGUAGGCUUGGUCACCCAGCAGAAAUAUUAUAUCGUGGGGAAAGACCUAUACGGCACGAUUAGCGAGCGGCUGCACAACCAUAAAGAGUAUCGAGAUAAAGAGGUGGACGCAGACGUAUUGAAGAUGGUACAUGCCAUUUUACCUGCUGCCUACUCGAGUCCAACAAGUACGGAGAAAGAGCGAGAUUGGAAUAUCACGACAGAAAAGAAGCGAUGGGGUCUACCUUGAGGUAGUGGCAGAGUUUGAAAUAUUCCUGAGUUACCUUCUCAUUGCCGACGCAGAAAUGAAGAAACCUGGAUUGAACACGCCUGGGCCAGGGCACCAAUCCCACCGAGGAAACAGCACAUCUGCAGUCAAAUUUGCGUGUGGUAUCAAAGAGAUACGUACCAGUCUUGAGGGACAACUUGCGACGCACUAGAUGGACCGCCCUGCCCAGUGCAUGACCUUACGAUGUCGUUAGUGGCGCCGGCAUCCGGAGA